AUGGGUGUGGACCACACCACACAGCUUGGUAUCAUCUGCAAGCUUGCUGAGGGUGCACUCGAUUCCACUAGCUAUGUCAUUGAUGAAGAUGGUCCCAAGUUCCUUUCAGGGUGCUCUUCUAGCAGCACAGCUGUGGGGAAGACUGUGGACAAUUCAGAAGUUGCUCGAGAAGAAAUUGUACUUCCCCGAAGGAAAACCUGGGAUAAACUAGCUGUUCUUCAAACACUGGCUUCUACUGUGAACAGGGAUCCUACUGCUGCACAUUAUAUGUUCCAGGAUGACCCUUUCCUUAUGCCAAAAAAUGCAGCCAAUUCUCGUCUGUUUUCACUGUCGAAGGAGUCUGGGAGAAAUGCUGCAAAAUACAUUAUUAAGCAUUUUCCUCAAUAUUUUGACAAGACUUUUGCAGAGCCCAACGUACUGUGCUUGAUGCCUGAGACUCUUACACCUCAGGUUGAAGGACUGAGUGAGGAAGCUCUAAAAGAGCGUAUCCACCUCAGAAUGGUGAAGGAUUCUGUGAACCUGUUUGAUCAGCUCGUACAAGCAGGUACCCCGGUGUCUCUGGAGACCACAAACAGCCUUUUAGAUUUGUUAUCCUUCUAUGGAGAUGUAGAAUCUAGUCCAGAAAAAGAGGAAGGAAAAAAAGAGGAAGAAGAAAAAGAGGAUUUGGAAGAACCAGGGGUGAACGCUUCAGAGCAGAAAGCUCCGAAGAGAGGGUUCCAAAGAGGUUCGCAGUCAUUUGGCUCUAGAUGGAGGGAGAACAACAGUGCCGAAAGGAUAUUUAAGAUAAUGCCAGAGAGGAAUGCACACUCCUAUUGCACAGUGAUCCGUGGGAUGGUGAAGCACGGGGCUUACACUAAAGCUUAUGACAUGUACAUAGACUUGCUGAAUGAAAGACACAAGGCUGACGUACACACCUUCAAUGCACUGAUUACAGCAGUCCCGUAUCUCAAGGAGAGGUUCGUAGAAAGAUGGGAAUUAGCCAAGGACUUCCUGAAUCACAUGACUCAACAGGAAGUGCAACCAAAUCUGCUAACAUUUAAUGCUUUACUGAAGACUCUGAGAAGAUGUGGUGGUGUAGGCAGAAGUGUGGCUUUAUUGGUGAUGAAGGAAAUGGAGGCACUUGAUAUAGAGCCUAGCCUUGCAACGUAUGAUCAUCUUCUCUUUAUAUUUUAUAGAGGCGUUGAUCUUUCCUCAUCAGGCAUCAUGUCUGAGAUACUAGAUGACGUUGAAAAGAGGAGUUUCGCUCCCCAGGACCCUGACGACGCCAACUUUUUUGCCACUGCCAUGCAAGUGUGCUGUGAUCUUAAGGAUAUCAAGCUUGCCUAUCGGUUAAAUAAGGCAAUGGAGAAGGGAGACAACUGGAAAUUCUUGGACAUGGAUCGCUUAAAUACUUAUUGGUCAAAAUUCUUUUCGUUGUUGUGUAUGAUGGAGCACAUUGAGGUCAUGUUGAAAUGGUACAAAGAAAUGUCCCCUUCGCUCUUCUAUCCAACUCCUAAAAAUAUAUUGGACCUCCUUCAAGCACUGGAUGCAGCCAACCACUUGGAAGCGAUCCCCUCUGUGUGGGAAGAUGUGAAACAGCUGGGGUUUAAUAGGCGUCAGGACCUGCUGGAAGAGUUCUUGGCUUUGAUGAGCAGGGAGCAGCACCCUGAAGAGAUUCAGCUGGCCUUCGCCAGGUGUGCUGAGGACAUCAAAGCUGCCCAUGAGCAAACCGGGAGGGGGCAGGCACCGUUAGAAUGGACGGGCAGCACGCUGGGCCAUGCCGCUGUGUUGUUUUCCAGGGCUGGGAGAACCCAGGACGCUUGGAACAUGAUGGAGCGUUUUCAGAAAAUCAAUAGGAUUCCCACUGACCAGGUGAUGGAGGAGCUGCUGAACUGUGCCAAACAAACCAACUGCCCGGACGACGCAAUCAGGCUGGUAAAGCUGGCAGCGACUCUCGGCCUGCCUUCAUCCGAAAAGCUCAGAAGCAGAACGGAAAAGGAAUUUGAACUCUCUGAAACGCAGAAGAAGACACUGGAGAGUAUCAAGUCAGACAGUGACAGCGACAGCGACAGUGACAGUGACCGUGACUAG